AUGCUGACAAAACAAGCUAGACACAAGAAUUCCAGAAGCACGACAAGACUGGACACAGAUGCAGAUCUGUGGUUUGAGAAUCACAUUCCAGCGUAUAGCAACCAAGACCAGGCUCGAGAGAACGCGAAACUUCGAGCUGAACCCGUCAAGGCUCUGAAUGAUAACCAGCAUCGUCUAUUGUGUCUCGGUAUGUCGCUAUGCGAGAUUGCUCUUGGUAUGCCAGUCCAUCUGGUCCUAUUCGCGAGUAAUGGUCUCCGUUUCUCUGUUCGCGGCGAAGACACGGACGAGGAGCACUUGCUCGAUCUGGUAUGGUGGGCGACGUCAAACCAUACCAGAGCCGCGGUCGAUUGGUGCUUCGCGCAUGCGAAGAGCCCCGAUGCUGAAGACUUCCGACAAGAAGACAUCCUGCUCUUCUCUUCUAGAAUUCUUCGACAGCUUCAGGAUUGCCACCGAAAUGCUACGAAGAACGAUCGUCAGAUUACGCCAGCGAUGGAUGAGAUCAAAAGCUCUGACGAUUCACCACCUGCAAUCAUGCUGAGGAACCGCUCUUUCGAGACUCUGUGCUCGAUCAAGCCACUCGAGGCGCAGAACGACUGGGAAGUGGAAUACACAGACAUCACCAAGAUCAUAGGAAUCGAGAGAGCCGCACCGAUUCUAGGGGCGGACUCCCAGGAGGGCGCCUUCCAAUCCGUGCAGAAACAACUCUGCAUGAGCAGUAUAAGUCACAAGAGCCGCGAUGACGUUGAAUAA